AUGCACAUGACAUGUGUGUUUACAUCCGGGUUGCAUGGGAUGUUUUGACCGCCCCCUUUUCAAUCGUAGAACGUUUUCUAUCAAUUAUCUAUAAAAAAUGAGGUCUGUUUGCCUGGAUCGUGGACCAAAUGGCAAGAGUCUUAAUGCUGUAUUGAAUACUGAUGAACCAGUUCCAGAACCUGAAGAGGAUCAGGUAUUAAUCCACGUUGAGGCAUGCGGGUUAUCAUCAAUAAGAUUAGAUGUCAUCAAAGAGCUCUCGUUAGACAGGCAACAUCUACCGAUAGGGAGGGAGGUUGCUGGUGUGGUCACAAAGAUUGGAGGAAGUGUAUCUAGGUGUAAAGUCGGGGACGAGGUCGCAGCUUUUCUUCCAGUGGAUUCAGUGUGCUCAGGGUGUGCCGAGUACUGCGUCGCCAACGAGUAUGACUUGGUCAUCAAGCCAAUGAGAGUGAGCUUCCAUGAUGCAGCGGCGUGUAUAAGCGAUGCAGUUAAGGCCUACACAGCACUGCAUUAUAUGGCAAGAGUAUGCGCUGGGGAUACUGUACUGGUCAUCAAUGGGGCAUCGUCAAGUGGGACGAUAGCGAUCCAGUUGGCCCAACAUUGGGGAGCUAAAGUACUCGCCACAGCGUCAUCACAGGAAGAAUCCAUCUACCUAGAAAGUUUCAAACCAGAGCUUGCCCAAGUAAUUGAGACAGAUCAGAGUAAGAAGUAUGCCUUAACCCAACAGUGUAUUGAGGAAACUGGAGGACUUGGUGUGGACUGCAUCUUAGAUGAUGGGGUGAGCAUGUUCCCGAAGGAGGAGGUAGACCCGAUGCUCAGUCCGAGGAAACAAAAGAAACUUCAGACGCUUCCAACAAAACAUGAGGUCAUCUCAGCGCUAGGGGUCGGAGGUCGAUGGGUCACGACACAAAUGGAUCUUCAGCUUGAUCCGCCUGAUUCUCGUCUUCUUCACAUGAGAGGUGCUAGUAUCUCGUUCCUUAAUGAGACAGUCUGGAACUUGUCUUGCGGACAACUGGGAAGAUUCCUCCAUAUUUUUCAGUCUGUAAUCAACGAGAUGGGCAAUGGAGUUCUGAGACCAAACAUUUCCCGAUGUGUCAGCCUAGAGGAGGCGUGUGAAGCUUAUAACAGUCUUCCAGCUCAGCGAAUCGGAAAGACUAUCGUCAAGAUGUAGGAUAGCACCGUCAGAACAUUACGAGAAAACUCAAGUCAAGAUUUUCCAAAUCUGGCCACAAAAACUCGGCAACAUUUUGAGGCUCGUGAAUAACGGCAGCCUUGAAGCAUCCGACAGGAUCCUGCCAGAUGUACCCUUUGACCUCGCAUCCCAUUCACAUGUACACAAGUGAAAUAUAAACAACAACUAGCCCGAUACUUCACGGAGGCAAUAAAGGUGAUUGCCUCCAUGCCCCCUGGUCGUUGCCUUGGUGCCCUGGAAA